AUGACGGGGAAGAAGUCUUCUCGGGAGAAGCGGCGCAAAAGGAGCAACCAGGAGGCGUCCGCCGCGCUCGCGCUCGCGCCGCCGGACCUGGUGCCUCCCGUCGGCGGCGGCGGCGGUGGCGGGAGCGGCAGCACGAGCGGCUGCGGGAGCGCCGGCUGCUGCAGCACCUCGAGCAUCCUGGUCCCCGCGAGUGCCCCGGGCGGCGGGAGCGGCGGUGCGGAGCGCAGCGAGCGCCGGAAGCGGAGGAGCACCGACUCCUCUUCCAGCGUCUCGGGCUCCCUGCAGCAGGAAACCAAGUAUCUUUUACCAACUUUGGAAAAAGAGUUAUUCUUGGCAGAGCACAGUGACCUUGAAGAAGGUGGAUUGGACCUGACUGUGUCAUUAAAGCCAGUUAGUUUCUAUAUUUCUGACAAAAAAGAAAUGCUUCAGCAGUGUUUCUGUAUCAUAGGAGAGAAGAAAUUACAGAAGAUGCUUCCUGAUGUAUUAAAGAACUGUUCAAUUGAAGAAAUUAAGAAAUUAUGCCAGGAACAGUUAGAGCUCCUGUCUGAAAAAAAAAUCUUGAAGAUUCUUGAGGGUGACAAUGGUAUGGACUCUGAUAUGGAAGAGGAGGCCGAUGAUGGCUCUAAGAUGGGAUCUGAUUUAGUCAGUCAACAAGACAUCUGUGUAGAUUCCACUUCAGCCCUGAGAGAGAACAAACAACCUGAAGGUCUGGAAUUAAAACAAGGCAAGGGGGAAGAUAGUGAUGUCCUCAGUAUAAAUGCAGAUGCUUAUGACAGCGACAUAGAAGGCCCAUGCAAUGAAGAAGCAGCUGCUCCUGAGGUCCUAGAGAAUACAGUUCAGAGUGAAGCUGGCCCAAUAGAUGACCUGGAGAAGGACAUUGAAAAAAGUGUGAAUGAGAUUCUCGGACUGGCAGAAUCUAAUACAAAAGAACCCAAAGCAGCCACUCUGACUGUUCCUCCACCUGAAGAUGUUCAGCCUUCUGCACAGCAACUGGAGCUGCUAGAACUUGAGAUGAGGGCAAGAGCUAUUAAAGCCCUCAUGAAAGCUGGGGAUAUUAAAAAAAACACCUAGUUAUUUAACAUGAAUCUGAAUUUUAGGUAUGUUAAGCAAAGCCAUGCAAUGUAAUUUUAUAUCUGAAAUUUAUUUUGGGCCUUAUAUGAUAUUUUUCUUACAACACCUAUUAGAAAAACUCAUCUUAGGCCUGAAUAUGCCUUUUUUUGUUGUUGUUACUUUCAUGUUAUAUAUGUAUUAUCGUUUUAUAAAUUCAUGGCAAAUAUCAUUGGAUAGCCUGUCUUCUUUGUUAGAUUAGUAUUUAUAUACCUAUAGAUUGAUACAUGAAAAAUCAUUAGUAAAGAGUCAUUUUUUUUUUAAAUUUUAAAUGUUUCUCAGCACCAAACCUGAAAAGUUAAGAAAAAUUGACCAAGCUAUUGCUCUUAAUGCUGUCUAUAGUUUGAGGGGGGUAUUAAAGUAUUGCUUUUAGAUAUAUUAUAUAAAAAGAUUGGUUAUGCUGUCCUGAAGUUUGUGGUCUAUAGUUUUGGAUUUAUGUUCUUUAAAAUAUGGAUAUGAGUUUCUGUUGUUAGACUUAUAGAGCUACAAUCCUUGAUAAAAUCUUUUUUUUAAUAAAGGGAUUUAAUUUAAGACCAUUUUUAACAAGUAGAAUUACCCAGCUUUAAUUCCAGCAGACAAACCAAGUAUUAUCAAGUAUUUGAUAUUAUUGGAUAUUGUUCAGGUUUUUCUGAACAAUAGAAAGGGAGCACAUUUUCAUUUACAUUCCAAGCUAUCAGGAAAAUGAGAAUAUUUUUAUCGUAUAGACUUUUAUCUGGUGUUUUUGCUUGAAGAUUUGAUGUGCUAUAAUUCCAUGAAUUAAAAAUAAUAAAGACUGUCAUACUGGAUCUGAAGACUUUUGAUAUAUUUCCAAAAGCAAAAUUAAUUUCAGGAAGCUUUGAUAAAUUGGUGUUAUAAUUAAUCUAGUUUUGUAUCAUUUUUGUAAAUAAAUUAACAUCCUGCCACAAUCACAAAUGCUUUUUGCUCCAUUACUUAAUUGUAAUUGUUUGAUAGCAAAAUAAACUUAGGUAGAAAAAUAAAUUUUUUUAAA